GCCAUGACUCGAAAGCUGGGUCUGGUACGCUCAGCGAGAAAGGGUUUGCAGAGAACGCCAUUGAAUUUGGAAAUUUUCCUUGAAGAAAAGACCCCAGAGAAAAAGGGCAAAAAAAAUGUCGGCUUGUAAUUUCUUCAAACACCUUCCGUGCAUUUCUUACCAGACUUUCUCCCGCCAUUUCCUCAAGCCUCAACGCUUCUCUUCUUCUUCUACGCCUCGUUCCUUGUUCUCUGUCUCCGCUUCUUCUUCUUCUUCUUCUUCUUCUUCUUCCUCCUUUGCUGCUAAUGCUGAGCCAUUCACUGCACCUUACCUCUCAGUUCGCAUUCACUGUCCCAAACAUGUCGCUGAUCCGUUCUCAGAGGCACUGCUGUGUUUUGGCGCGAGUUCAGUCAGCGUGGAUGAAGAAGACGACAUUGCGGCUCCUGGGUCUUGUGUUGGUUCCGAUGAGAUACGUAUAGACUCGAUAUUUCCGGUGGACGGAGAGGUGAAAAUGUGCAUUUCACAGGCUGCGGAUUUGGUAGGCUUGAAGGAGAUACCGAAUUACGAAGUUGAAAUGGGAGAGGAAUAUGACUGGGUAACCAAGACUCAGGAAUCGUUUCGGCCCGUCGAAGUGGCAGAUGGACUUUGGAUCGUGCCCGAGUGGACAUCUCCCCCUGCUGCUGAAGCAGUUAACAUAAUUCUGAACCCCGGGUUGGCAUUUGGAACGGGGGAGCAUCCUACUACGAAACUGUGCCUAUUGCUUCUACGGAGCUUGAUAAAAGGGGGAGAAACAUUCCUUGAUUAUGGUACUGGUUCGGGAAUUCUGGCAAUUGCAGCCCUUAAGUUUGGAGCUGCAUGUUCUGUUGGCGUCGAUAUCGAUCCACUGGCAAUUACAUCGGCACGUCAUAACGCAGCCCUUAACAGCAUUCAGCCGGAGAAACUGCAGUUGCACCUUGUUCCAGGCGAGAACACGCCUCUUCUGUCUGAUCAUGGACAGAAGGACGAGGAGAAGAGCUCUUCUGGGGUCGAAGUAGAGUUGCGAAAAGAACACUUUGACGUUGUCGUUGCAAACAUUCUCUUGAAUCCGCUUAUUGAGUUGGCGGAUCAUAUAGUUUCACAUGCCAAGGCCGGGGCAAGUGUUGGCAUUUCCGGUAUUCUUUCUGAACAGCUUCCGGAUGUGAUAGAACGGUACUCUCAGUUCUUGGAGUGUAUUUCUGUGUCCAAAAUGGAUGACUGGGUAUGUGUCAGCGGAUUCAAGAAAGCCAAUGCCAUUCAUUGAUAACUGAUCUUUGCCUCUGUGUUAUCAGAAAUUGUUUAAACUGACCCCAGAGAGAGAGAGAGAGAGAGAGAGAGAGAGAGAGAGAGAGAGAGAGAGAGAGAGAGAGAGAGAGAGUCUUCUGUAGAAUGCAACGUUACAAAGGUCUUUCCCAUUACGUUGUAUCUCUCUCUCUCUCUCACCACACUAUUGUUUUUGUUCUCUAAGCUGCUUUUUAUUAUGUUGAUCCAUUGGGCCGAUUUUUGA